CAAUCUCUUUUCACUUGACAAUCUCUCUCUCUCUCUCUCUCUCUCAUCUCUCCCAGGACCCAGAGUGUAAACACAGCUGCAUCUUCUUCACUGAUUUGCACUCCGUCAAUAUUGACCCUUCCAGAAUUAUACACACAAACCCCAUUUUCUUGUAUGUGUACACACAUAUUCUGCACGUACAGUUGUUUAGGAGACGUAUUGGAAUGUGUACAAAAUAUUGGAUUUAUCGGAUGAAGGGUUUGAUAUGAACAUUUAGUUGUUGCCAAUACCUCUUUUAGCUAAUACAAGUUGGUGUAGAAUUGGAUAUGAAAAAUCUUGGGUGGAACCCAGGAAAAGUUUUUGAAAGUGGAUUGUUUAACAUGGAGAAGAAAUGGGUGUUUCCGCUUGUUAUAACUUCAAUCGUGUGUGGCUUCUUCCUUGUAACCUCCUUCAACAUGGGUCAAGUUUCUUCUUUACACAGAGUCAAUGCAUUCUUAUCAAUUUUUCCCUCGCGAGUUAUUGCGAAUCAAACAAAGGCGUCUUUUGCUGAAGAAAAAAAUGCACCACCACCUGUUCCUCCUAGUCCUCCUAUUCCUCGUUUUGCCUAUUUGAUUUCUGGUUCCAAGGGUGAUCUAGAAAAGCUUUGGAGGACUCUUCAUGCUCUGUACCAUCCUUUGAACCACUAUGUGCUACAUAUGGAUCUAGAAUCUCCGCCGGAGGAGAGACUUGAGCUGGCUACCCGAGUGGAAAAGGAACCGAUUUUUGCCAAGGUUGGGAAUGUGAUGAUGAUUACUAAAGCUAAUAUGGUUACCUAUAGAGGACCCACCAUGGUGGCUAAUACUCUUCAUGCAUGUGCCAUCCUUCUUAAGAGAACUAAGAACUGGGAUUGGUUUAUAAACCUCAGUGCUUCAGAUUAUCCUCUGGUGACUCAAGAUGAUCUUCUCUCCACAUUUCUUGAUUUGGAGCGGGAUCUAAAUUUUAUUGAAACCACAAGCAACUUGGGAUGGAAGGAGGGUAAAAGGGCAAUGCCAUUGAUGAUAGACCCGGGGCUUUACCAAAACACAAAGUCAGACAUCUUCUGGGUUACCCAGCAUAGAGCUUUGCCUACAGCCUUCAAGUUGUUUACAGGUUCUGCUUGGAUGAUCCUCUCACACUCCUUUGUAGAGUACCUUGUAUGGGGUUGGGAUAAUCUUCCAAGAACACUGCUCAUGUACUACACGAAUUUUGUCUCAUCUCCCGAAAGUUACUUUCAUACUGUAAUAUGCAAUGUGCCCGAGUAUGCUCCAACUGUAAUCAACCAUGACAUGCACUACAUUGCUUGGGACACACCGCCUAAGCAACAUCCUCAUAUUCUGACCCUUGACGAUUUGAGCAACAUGAUUGGAAGUGGUGCUGCAUUUGCACGGAAAUUUCAGCAGGAUGACCCUGUAUUAGAUAAAAUCGACGAGGAACUGCUGGGUCGAACAAACGGGAGCUUCACGCCUGGUGGUUGGUGUUCAGGUAAUCCUCGUUGCUCCAAAGUUGGGAAAGCAAAAAAGCUCAAACCUGGUCCAGGAGCUCAAAGGCUUCGGGGACUUGUAGAUAGAUUGAUUUUGUCGGCCAAGUCAGAGGAAAACAAAUGUCAUUAGAUUCUUAUAGUUUAUAUUCAAAACCAAAUUUGAUGAUCUUGCUUGUGGAGAGAAGUAUAAUGUAUGAAAUUGAUUCAUUACAUUCCACAAGACCAACAAUAAAUGUUGGGGUAUUCAUAUAAAGGCGCAGCACGAAUAAUUUCUUAGCCAUUUGUGGAACCAUGGGCAGGAAAUUCACUCGGAAAGCAGUUUUCUUGACAAGUUCAUGGUUAUCUGCUGCACUUUGUGGAACUUCACAUGUAUUAUUUUUUGUAAUUUAUUAGCAAUACGAAUAUAUUUAUAAGUUUCAUUCUGAAAAAUUCAUUGAAGAUUAUGAAGUAGUCCACAGUGAUUCUAUA